AUGGUAUCUGAUUCAGAUUCAAUACCCAGACUGAGUUUUAAGUCAUCUGCAAAGAGGAGGCAUUCAGAAAAACAAACGGUGUUCGGCAGAUCAUUUAUAAAGAGCAGGAAGAGGGCUGAUUUCUUUCAUAGAGCUCUUGGACCUGAUGAUGUCGGUGAUACUCAGAAGCGUUUCGCUUCCAUUUUCUCACAAGCGCUCCUGCUAUUUCUGACCAGUGACAAACAAGACGUGCAGGAAAGCGUAGAAGAAGCCGCACAGAAGAUCCGAAAGUAUUUGGACCAGCCGGCCGAUGUUAUUGGCGGAAAGUUUCGAUCAUUGAUUUCGACUUACUUCAACAUUGUUGAACAGCCCAUAACCGACGUGCAAACCGUCUGCCCCGAUACUGUACGGGAGCCUGAAUGUAUAAAAGCUUUGUCUAAACUGACGAAAAAGAGGAUAGAGCGCUGUCCAGAAUACUCCAAGAACAUCGAUCUGUACACCAGACUAUCAGAAUUGUCAUCAAGUUGUGGCUUGCAAAAUUUUUUGCUAGAUUUGACAUUUUUCGCAACUGCGAAUUGCUCAGACAGCGUAGCAGUCGACUUCUUCGUCAAUACAGUUUCUGGCGAAUAUUCAGACACGUUCUUUGGUUUAUUAAUAACUGCUUGUAUUGUAAAGUAUUGUCAUGGCGGGUGUCAAGCUGUGUCUAGCGAUCUGAAUACAAAAUGGCGGGCGGCCGACGUAUUGGAGCAAAUCGCUCACGACUAUUAUCAGAGCCAAGCUCUUGGACCUGAUGAUGUCGGUGAUACUCAGAAGCGUUUCGCUACCAUUUUCUCUCGAGCACUCCUGCUAUUUUUGAUCAGUGACAAACACGACGUACAGGAAAGCGUAGAAGAUGCCGCACAGAAGAUAUGGAAGUAUUUGGACCAGCCGGCCGAUGUUAUUGGCGGAAAGUAUCGAUCAUUGAUUUCGACUUACCUCAACAUUGUUGAACAGCCCACAACCGACGUGCAAACCGUCUGCCCUGAUACUGUACGGGAGCCUGAAUGUAUAAAAGCUUUGUCUAAACUGACGAAAAAGAGGAUAGAGCGCUGUCCAGAAUAUUCCAAGAACAUAGAUCUGUACACCAGACUAUCAGAAUGGUUAUCAAGUUGUGGCGUGCAAAAUUGUUUGCAAGAUUUGACAUUUUUCGCAACUGCGAAUUGCUCAGACAGCGUAGCAAUCGACUUCUUUGUCAAUAAAGUUUCUGUCGAAUAUUCAGACACGUUCAAAAUAUUUAAAGAUAUUUUUAAAACUGUUCUAAGUGAGCAGUACACAUGUAACUCAUUUUCCUUUCUAUAA